CCACCUCAUCAACCACAAUCUUCCCACUCUGUCAGCCGUUAUCCUUUAUCGUUUUCCUGUCUACCUGCUCAUUGAUAUAACUGCAGAUUCUUGUGGUUGUCGAGGCUACGUUUUUUCAGCCUCCUUUGAGUCACUGCCUGCAAUCGCCCCUUUGCUUUCGGCACCGCGGUCUCGUCUCGCUCGCCUGGGCUUUGCAGCUACAAAGGCCUGAGAAAAUGCCAGCUGAGAGGCGCUCUUUGAGAUCCAACAACAAGUCAGAUACUUCUUCGCCCGCUAACGGUGAAAAGACUCGUUCUGGUUCGCAGAGUUCGAGCUCCAAUAAAGAUAAGCCGACUACUCGCACUGCUGCCAGCAAGGCCAAGUCCACGAAGGUCGCCUCUACGAAUACCGCUUCAGACUCCGGUAUGGGAGAACAACGGGACCAGCCGCAUACCAACGGCUCAGAUCCGACUAAGAAUGGCGUGAAUGGGUCUGAAGAUAUCGAGAUGGACGAGGAUACGGCAGGUGGGCCUACAUCCUCAUUCAACGCCAGCAAGGACCGGAAAGGUGACCAGAAAAUGACUGUUGUAGUGCCUCCCACCAAGGGUCCUAGGGUAACCGGCGAGAAAAGCCAGGAGCAGGAGGGCGACGUAUCGAUGGAAGGUGCCGAGGACGAGAAGCCUGGGUCAGAAAUUGAUCCCAAGGUGAAGGCCAUUCAAGACAUCAAGACGAACUUUAUUUUCCUCGAACGUGCGGUCACCCAUUUUGACCCCAGGUUUACGCUCCGCGUCUUGAGGUCGAUAUCUGCAAUGCGCAAACAAAUCACGUCAGAUGUGCUUGCAGAAGCCAUUGUUGCCGCUUACCCAACUUCAAGUGCGACUGCCUCUUUCUUGUUGGAUGCGAUUGAUCAGCCAGGUGCUUCUGAAAACGUCGGGUCAAGCUCGAAUAUGGAAGUAGAAAAUGACAAGACGAAGCCCUCUUCAAAAGAGGUUCUCCCCGAGAUUGACAUCUACUUGUCUAUCCUAGUCCAGAUCUAUCUGUACGAUCGGAAGGAAAUUCAGAAGGGCGCCAAAUUCUCGACCCGCUUGAUCGAAAGGCUUCGAGCGCUCAACCGCCGCACGUUGGACUCCCUUGCCGCACGUGUGUACUUCUAUUAUUCGCUUUUCUUCGAGCAGAUUGCUCCUCUUCCCCCGUCUCCUGCUGCGGCGAUUACCUCCAUUCGUCAGCCACUACUUGCAGCUCUUCGAACGGCCGUCCUACGAAAGGAUGUGGAUACUCAAGCUACCGUGAUGACCCUCCUCCUCCGUAAUUACCUUUCUACUUCUCAUAUCUCACAAGCGGACUUGCUGAUUUCGCACAACCAAUUCCCUCCGUCGGCGUCAAACAAUCAGAUUGCUCGCUACCUGUAUUACUUGGGCCGCAUCCGAGCUAUUCAGUUGCAGUAUACCGAGGCUCAUGGCCAUCUGAUCGGCGCUACCCGAAAGUCUCCUGCAAGCCACAGUGCGCGUGGGUUCUAUCAAGCUUCUCACAAGCUGCUUGUGGUCGUUGAGCUACUCAUGGGAGAUAUUCCUGACCGUGCGAUUUUCCGCCAGGCGGCUCUUGAGCGGGCUCUACAUCCCUAUUUCUUGCUGGUUCAAGCCGUGAGUGUCGGUGAUCUGGAUGGCUUCUUGAACAUUGUAAAUACGCACAGUUCAACAUUCCGAAAGGACGGCACGUACACUCUCAUCUUACGCCUACGACAGAACGUGAUUAAGACCGGGAUUCGCAUGAUGUCCCUUUCUUAUUCGCGCAUUUCCCUUAGGGAUAUCUGCCUUCGUCUGGGUCUGGAUAGUGAAGAGUCGGCCGAAUACAUUGUUGCGAAGGCAAUCCGCGACGGUGUCAUUGAAGCAAGCUUGGACCAUGAGCGAGGAUUCAUGAAGAGCAAGGAUGUUGGAGAUGUAUACGCUACCAGGGAGCCUGGCGAAGUUUUCCAUGAACGUAUUAGGGCAUGCUUGGGCCUACAUGACGAGAGCGUUAAGGCGAUGAGAUUUCCGAUGAACCAGCAUCGCCUCGAGCUGAAAAGCGCGCAGGAGGCGAGAGAACGUGAGAGAGAACUCGCCAAGGAGAUCCAAGAAGGCGACAUAGAUGAUGAAGAUGCUGGUGGGGACUUCGAUGCCAUCUAAGGCCUGGACCCCUGCGCAUCAUUCACGUAUGCGAAUUCUUCUGCCUCACAUGCUCUUUGUCGAAUUUCCGUUUACUUUGUCUCGAGGCGAUCGGGGUUUCUUUCCAGCUGUUGCUGGAGCAUAUUGCAAUUUCCCCCACUGCUUAGAUGCUACGUGAGAGCAAAGACAAGAGGAUUCGAUUUUACCCCAUAAUCACAGGAA